AUGGGUGUAUUUCGAUUAUUUACAGCGUUGGAUAAUAAAUUUGAUACGACUACAGAUAACCAAAGAACUUUAAUUAAAAAAUAUACACAGAACAUUUCAAAUAAAACACUCUUUACAAAGAUUACACUUGGUAAACUGAAAGAUAAGAAUACCAUUAAAAAAUUGAAGGAUUCUCAUGUUCCUAAUUAUUAUUAUGAUGCAUCAAAUGUUGUUGAAAACCCUGAGAUCAAUAAAAUUAUUUGGCAAAGGAAAAAAAGAGGGUCUUACUCUAUACGACUAAUCAUUCCUAAAAGUUCAAGAAAUAUUUAUAUGUGUGAUCUAGAUUUUAUUAAUAAACCCUCAAUUUAUAAUACGUCGUCCAAUUUAAGAAUGAAUUGCUCGGAUUCAAAUGACGGGAGUAGCACAGUUACCUCGGCAGUUACUUUAAGUGGUCACAUACUUAUUGAUAUUCUAGAAGAAUUAAAAUCCCCAAUUACAUUAGAAUCAAUUAAUGUGUAUUUUAAAUGUUUUGUUACAGAGAUUAUCAUGCAGACAGAUAAUGAAUUAGGUAAAGCUAAAUAUCCAACAUCAGUUGCAUUUCAAAGGUUUGAUAAAAAGACCUCCUUACGAAUGUUACCCAUUCAAUCAUUACAUAUUGAUCUUUUAGAAAAGAUUCCUCAAGGGAUUACAUUAAAGAAACCAGGUAAGAUUGAAUUGCCAUUUACAUUUGUAAUAUAUCCAAAUAAAUUCCCAGCUCAAUUAAAUACGGUUUGGGGGAAAACUUUCUAUAGAGUUGAAUGCCAGAUAAUGAAAAAGGAUUCACAAAAAAAUUAUAAAGAAUGGUCAAUUUUAUCAAGAAAGAUUGACUAUUACAGAGUCCUAUCAAAUGAAUAUGAUAUGGGAUUAUUGAAGGAUACUGUCUUUUAUCAUGGGAUUUGUAACAAAUUGGAAGUAGAAUAUCAAAUAUGUCUGGAUAGUAGAAUCAUUGAGAUUAAUUCUUACUUCAAUAUAUGCAUUGAGUUAUUACUUAAAAAGAAAUACCCCUUAGAUACCAUUACAGUUUUCCUAAUACAGAAUGUUGCAAUACCUUUUGGGGAGUCUUCUUCUUCUUUCAAGGAUAUGACUUCUUCUAAUCGUGAAGAGAGUGAUAAAACUGAUUGUCAUAUUUUUAAACUUGAGAAACACCUUUACAGUGGACAAACUAACCUUUCAGGAGUGAAAAAUAAAGACAGAAAAUAUCAAAUUAUUAAAGAUAAUAAAGAAAAAAAUAAUCUACAAAUAAUAUCUAUCAAUGAUUUAAAAAUUACAAAUUAUAAUGAAAUAAUUAAAGCCAAUACCCUUGUACAUCCAUUCUAUUGUGAAAGUAGUACCCAAGAUCCAAAUAUUGCUAGAAUUAAGAUCAGUCAUUUCCUUAGUAUACGAUUUGAGUUCAAAAUGGAAGGUAAGAAAAGGUCUCCUAGAAUAUUCCAUAGAAUUCCGAUCUGUUUAAUUGACAAACUUAUAUUAGAUAGCAUGGAUAUACCAAACUAUCGAGAAUUUUAA